GUUACUUGGUUGCGGUGUAAACUAUGUACUGUGUUCUAUAUGAACGUCGGUAUGGUUGGAAUUAUAAAAAGAUUAUUGAAAGACUUCUCAGAUACCAUGGCCUAAACUGGCCGUGGAGAAUUCUUGCCCUGAAAAUUACCGUUUGUGGUCGCACUUUAAACACACUAGGAGAUAAAAGCUUCGAAGGAUUCUAGAUAAUUCAGUAAACCAGCCUCAUAAAUGCUGAGUUCAACGAAUCGCAUUAUUCAGAUUUAAAGAUGAUACCGAACGGUAGAAUUCACAAGAAUAAAAUAGCACCCGUUCAUGUGCCAGCUUCAAGGAAAAACCACGAAUCUGAAGGCGAUGAUGAAUUUGAAAAGACGCCCGGCGUCGAAGCGAAUGGCAUACCACUAAGACCAAGACAUAGAAGUAGCCAUAGCCGAAAAGCUAGAGGAAUAUCAUCGUUUGAAGCUGCUGGCCGUGUUAAGCUCGGAUUCACGCGAUGGAAACUAAAAGCACUCGAUGAAAAAACAAUGCCAAAUAAAGGAAACCAGCCAUUAGGUUCGCAAAGAGCUCGAGGAGGGAUGUCUAAACUGGGAAUACCAAAUAAAUUGAACUACCACCGAAUGAACGCGGCGCAAUUGAGUGAUUUAGAAGAGCUUGUAGAUGAGACUAUCGUUGGGAAAAGAAGAGAAAGAGGAGGAAAGAAAAGCGAUGGACAAAGACAAGCCGGACGCUCAAUAAACUCAUCGAGCAGAGCACUUAUACUUUACUUUUCUAAGCUGUCUGCAAAUAUAAAUGAGAAUGAAGUGAUAGAUUUGGAGUUUGUUGACACACUGAUCAAGACAGGGGCGGAUAUCAACACGACAGAUCGACAUGGACAGACAAUCAUGCAUGAGGCAUCUCGACAGUGGGAGGUAGAUGUGGCGAGGUUUCUUAUAGAGAGAGAGGCAGAUGCCAAAGAAGCUUUAGAUCAGUUCUAUUCAAAAGACAGAGCCAACCGAAAACAAUUCUUCCAUCUUAACUACCUUGAGCCCGCAAUACCUAAAUGCCUCAGCUGCGGUUGGCCUCAAACGGCCAUGGAAGUAGUGGUUCUCCACAAACAGUUUGAUCUCAUAAUGCACCCAGUCUUCCAACGAUUAAUCAAGGUCAAAUGGGAGCAUUUUGGAAAACGAGGAGCCUGGUUGCAAUCUCUAGCGGGCGUGGUCUUCGUAAUAUUGUGGACUAUUUUUGGAGUGACAACCGUAGGUUAUGGUAAAUACGAUUAUUACACUCAAAUAAGCAAAAGCUGGUGGCGAAUAGUUAUUGGUUCUGUGGCUAUCCUAAUGACGCUUAAUGAAAUACGCCGUGAACUAUUCGAAUAUUACUUUUCGAAGAAGGAACACCGUCGAUGGAAAAGGUGGCGCGAAGCAGAGCUUUACAAAGAUCUGGAGUACUGCCACCCGAGGUGGCCUGGGGAGAGGUUGUACCUGAUGCAAGAGAUUGACAUUCUACGUCAUCAGGAACCAACAUACUUUAAAGACGCCUGGAAUAUUUUUGAUUGGAUUUCGUAUUUUCUGAUACUAGCCUCGAUGAUCACUCAUUUUGUAGCAAUUUUUACAGAUUAUAGAGCCAUGAGUAAAAUACAUACGAAUGUGAUGUCGGCAACUGUUAUAUGCCUAUGGAUAAGGCUACUGAAAAUCUUUCGUGCUUUUACGUCGUUAGGACCUUUCGUGGUCAUGUGUGGUCAUCUUAUCUUUGAUGUCUUGAAAUUUGGAUUUCUUUUCAUUAUUUUUUACGUCCCCUACGCUGCGUCAUUCUGGAUGGUGUUUUCAAACCACAGCGUCAGUGGUUACUCAGAAGUAUCUGACCUACUUUACAGCAUGUUUCGAAUGACUGUAGUUGACGAAUACAAUUACGAUGGCUUGUCGGAGGCGGAGCCAAUCAUGUCGAAGAUCCUUUGCGGAACUUACAUUGCAUUGUCAGCGAUUACAUGCCUGAAUCUGUUUAUUGCCUUGAUGUCAGAUACCUUUCAACGGGUUUACGACAACGUCAAGGCUAAUUCAGUCAUGCAACAGGCGAACACUAUAACCAACUUAGAAAAUAGUCUGUCUGUCACGAAAAGAAGAAACUUUGCUAAUUUUAUUCAUACCAGAUGCUGCCCAGAUGAAUUGUACUACGAUGAUGAUAUAGUGGAUGACGAGGAGGGUGACUUAAAGCGUAUGACGCACCAAAUCAAAGAAGGUUUGGACGAAGUACAUGAAAUAUUAAAAGUUCCAAAAAUGAACAAAAACGGCAGAAACAAUGCGUCAACGUCCGAAGUGGAGCAGCUUCUCAGUGAUAUCAAAAGACUAGAAGAACAGCAGUUGACGAUUAGUUCUCAGUUUAAUGCGCAAUUCGAUGAGAUCAAAGAAUUGCUGGCAGUAGUUAUAUCAAAACAGAACAGACGCAAAAAGCGGUCUCCUUUGGACGAGGAAAUCCCUGCUCCUGCCUCAAGAAACGUUGAAACUUUAUAACUCAGAUUUACUUAAAGAAACGUUCUUUUCCUCAAUUUCUUUCUUCCGCCUUUUUUCUCGCUGUUUUGCAGAAAGUUUUCUUUCAAUUUGUAACUUGAAACGAUGUAACGUGGAAGGAAAAUCCUGACUGACCGGAUUGAUUUAAAAUGAUACCAUUAUUCGGAAAGAUCGAUUAAGAUUAAUAGCUUUGAUUGCAGAUGCUAUCUCAUUUAAUUAACACCCUAGUAGAAGUAUUUAUCACUCGUGAAUUUACGCAUCGCAGUAACGACUUUUCUUAUACAAUACGUCCUGUGUAACAUAACCACUUAUAGCCUCCUCCGCAGGCUAUACUACUUCAUAUAUUCUAUAUUCUCUGUUGGGAUCCCUGUAUUACAUUUUAUGGCAGAGAAGAACUAGGAACGAGAGAAGGAAGUCGCAGGAAGCCCAAGGAGCAAAAAGGUCCAAGGAGAUGCCUGCGGAGGAGCCUAAACCACUUACUUUUGCGCGAGGAAUUUUUCUUAUCCAAUUCGACCUUUCCUUCUAAAUGAUCCUCCGCUUGCACUUUUCUUUAUUCUUUGUCAAAGUGCAUGGGCUGUGAUGGGUUGGUCUACCACCCAAUUCUUAAAUGAGGAUCACAGAUUGGAUCUAAAAAUUCUGAAAACUGAGUUUAAAACUUUAUUUUGAUAUAUGAUUUUUUUGAAGCACGAUAAAAUCUCACAGAUAUAUUUUUGGCUGGAAUACAUUGAUAGGCCUGUGAUUGGUUGUAACAUAUGGAGUGGUAACACUUCGAUAACGCAGGUUAUUUUCGAUUCACUUGUUGCGUGGUAUCGUGGGGACGGUGUGUGUGUAUGGUAGGGUUGGUGAUUCUCAAAUCUCAUUACCAGCCUACAAUGACAGGCAAACACUGCCCGUCAUGUUCUAUCAAUUAGAUAGGAACAGCAAUAUUAAGAAGAAUGGAUAGGGGUAAUAAUAAGUCAAUAAACACAUGCAGUCGUGGAAA